AUGCCCGACAUGGGGUUAUCCGACACGACCCCGCUGCUGGGCAAGAUCGCCGCCAAGACGGAGCCGUCCUUGUCGCAGCUAAACGUGUAUGAGAUGAUCCACUAUGCGUACAACCUCGUGGACGACUACAUCAAUUUCCCCAUGACGGAAGAGUACAUGCGCACCGCCUACGUCAUGUUCGAGUUCACCGAUCCGCUCGACCAGCUGCUCGUCCACAACGCCGACACCCCGGCGCUCGUCUACGUCCUCCUGCUCUGUCGGCUGCAGUUCCUGCGCGAACGUGAUUCCGCACUGGCCUCUUCGUCGCUCAACAUUACCCGCGCCAACAUGUGCGAGACGCUCGCCAUCAGGGCAUUGCGCCGUGAGGGACAGAAAGCAGAAGCAGGUAGCGACAAACCGGGCAACGACUCGUUGCUAGCCAUGUCGAAAUCUCUCGUCGGUGGAUUGCACGCUUUUCAGGGGGCUUCGGCCGAGGUGAGAAAGGGAACGCUUACGACCGUGACAGCCCAUGGUGGCACUAAUCAUAGCUCGUCGAAUAUGCACUAGGUCAUGGAACGAGUCAAGCAAAAGGAAGGCUUCGUCAAAGCCCACGUCGUGGAAGGCGUGGGCAAGACGACCGCGCUCGAGCUCGCGAUCCUUGGCAAGGCGCGCAACUUCAUCAAGAGUCAGGCGACGCAGCGCGUUAUAUCGUCCAUCUGGGAAGGUCGUGUCACCUAUAGCUCUUCGAGUUUUAUCGAUAUCCUCCCCGAUCGAUGGAAGGUGCAGAAAAUCAGCUUGUACAACCUCGACAAGGCUCCCGUGCUCGACCACUAUCGCCUGAGGGUGCCCAAAUACCGCUCCUUAAUCGACUUUUCCGCCUUUGUCGUCUUGUUCGUAUCCUUCAUCGCCGUCAUCAUGGACAGGCAAAACCGUCACGAGACUCUGCCCGUCUCCAAGCUGUCGAUCCACGAGAAGUGGUUUUUCCUGUACGCUCUCGGCUUUUCGCUUGACAAACUCGCCUCGGUCGCCGAGCACGGCUUCUCUAUCUACGCCGCUGGGCUUACGAACGGACUCGACUUGAUGGGGAUUCCAAUUUACGCGAUUGCAUUCGGCUUUCGAAUUCGGAGCAUUCUCACCGAGGAGGCGUGGGCUAGCGAUCAAGCCUAUGCUGUGCUCUCCGCGGCGGCUUGCCUCAUGUUUCCCAGGUAAGCAUCGCAGAGGUCGUACAGUCACUCAUCACGCCAACUGCUGAUGAAUUAUCCGUACACUCUGCAGGCUCGCGUUCGCUUCCAUCUCCAACAACCUCCUGAUCCUCAGUCUGCGCGCCAUGCUCGCGGACUUUGCUUGGCUGCUUGGCAUCGCCGUCUUUUGUUUCCUCGGCUUCGUCUUUGCCCUCAAUCACCUCUGCGACGGCGCUUAUUCGGUCGCUCGUAUUGCCGAAUGGCUCAUCUUCAUUUGGUUCGGUCUCGAUGGGUCUGGGCUUGAUGCUUCACCGACGUUUCAUCCCAUUUUGGGUCCCGUCAUCAUCGUCAUUUAUGCCGCUUUGAGCAACACGCUGCUCGUCUCGUUGCUCGUGGCGAUCCUGUCUGGGACGUACGCCAGUAUCGCUGCGGAUGCUGUAGGUCUUCUCCCGGAACUACUUCAGGUAUGCUUGAGACAGUGUCUAAUUCAACUCGUGGCAUGAUGUCGUCUACAGGCUGCUGAAGAUAUGUUCCGAAAAGCGGUCUUGACCUUUGAAGGUGUCAAAGCCGACUCUCUCUUCGAUUGUGAGCGAAACACUAACUGCACUUGGAUCUGGAGGUAACGGACUGAUCAUUUCCAUCAUAUUCGCAGACGUUCCACCUCUCAACCUCAUUGCCUUGCUCAUCAUGUGGCCCGUAUCGCACGUGACAAAUCCCCGGUGGUUCCACAAAAUCAGUCAGUUUGGAAAGAUCUGAUUCCUCUUUGCCCCUCGCCCUCCUUGACAUAUUGGUGGUGAUACUAUAGAUGUUGCAUCGACACGGAUCGCUUCUUUCCCCAUCCUCCUCGCGAUCGCAUUCUACGAGCGUCAAUCACUGCCGAACUCUCCGCUACGCCGAUCGCUCAACGAAGUCCGCGGGAGCUUCAUGCGUGCAUUACCAGCCAAAUGGAGCGAGAAGAUCUCUCUGCUCGAAGGUGCGCACUGGGAAUGCGCGGCCGUGUUCGAGUACACACCUGACGGUGUCGAGGACGACGAGGACAUCAACGAGCCGUUACCGGGCGAUGAAGAGGAUGCCGUCGAUUACCGUGCCAGCUUGAGCAACAAUGGAGCGAACGACCGACCACGACUGAGCUCACGAGCUUCCGGGUCCCUCGGACGCCCCCUUAGUCGAGUUGCAUCGUCGAGCGCCCCGACUCCACCAGCCGAAGAAGAGGACGAGAGCCGCGCGGCUCGGUCGACCCCUAUGGUCCUCGGCACGGAGGGUCGGAGAAAUGAAGUACGCUUCACCGAAUCCCCGCCUUCAUCUUCCCCUCCCGCGUCGCCUCGCAAGCGCCAUGACUCGACGACCAAGGAACGUCUACCCCUGAACGCCUAUGGGACCUCAGGCCGAGGUCGAAGGCCGAGUUUGGUCGAUGAAGGAGCGCUCGAUUCAGCGACUUCGGGUGGGUCGGCCCUCUCGACUUCGACUCCGAAUCGAUACGAUUCCCCUUUGGCGAGGAUGAUGUCGUAUUCCGUUGAAGGACCACCUUCGACGAUCUUGGCAAAUCCUCGUCAUCGACGACAUAGUGGGGUCGGUCUUCCGGCGCAUGCGACGCCUAUGAGGGUCAAUACGAUGCCUUUCCCCGGGGCGACGUCGACGUUCGAUCCUGCGAGGGAGUCGGGUUCGAACGACAGACUUUUGGGGGAUCUGAUCAAGAUGGUCGCUGAGUUGCAGAGGACGGUCGAGAGUUUGGAGAAGAAGGUCGAGGGCAAGAUGGCCUAA